GGAUGUCAGAAUGUGCGCCAGGUCGGGGCGGGAUUUCCGGCGACCUCGUGGCGGUCGUUUUGGCUUUUAUGAGAUGUGCUCUCCGGGUUAGAGGCUCCCGGACACUGGGUCUGGGCUGAGGUGGCCCGGCCAGAAAGGCAAGCGAGGCGGAUUUGAGGGUCGGCGACGCCGCCUGGGUGACCGCGCCAGGGCCGGGUUAGGAGUCCCGGCUCGGCUCCCGAAGUCCGAUGGCGCCUGCCGCGCAGAGGGACCCAGCUCAGGGCACUGUGACUUUUGAAGAUGUGACCGUGUGCUUCUCCUGGGAGGAAUGGGGUCUCCUUGGGGAGGCUCAGAAGCAGCUGUACCAUGAUGUGAUGCUGGAGAAUUUAGCACUUAUAACCUCCCUAGGUUGCUGGUGUGGAGCAGAGGGUGCGGAGACUCCCUUUCAGCAGAGUGCUUCUGUGCAAAGAGCGUCAGAGCGUAGGACUGCCAAGGCCAGUUCUCCCCAGAAGGUGCAUCCCUGUGAGAUAUGUGGCCCGGUUUUGAGAGACAUUUUGCUCUUGGUUGAGCACCAGCAUCACGGGCAGAAACUGUACAUGAAUGGGGCACGUGGGAAGCGAUUGCCGUUCACUGCGUACCUUCAGCAACACCAGCAGCAGCACAUCAGAGAGAAGUGCCUUGGAAGCAGUGUUGUCAGAGGCUCAGUCCUCAGCAGCUCCCAAUUCCAGGUACCCGAGAAGCUCUUUACCUGCCGAAAGGUUGGGAAGGACUUCCCGGCCUGCUCAGGAUUCCUCCAGCAACAGGCCAUGCAUACCGGAGAGAAAACUGAGGCCUUCCACAGCGUAGCAAGCCGUUCCAGCUGGGGUGGACACAUGAACGCUCUCAGCCGCAAGCAGGCACGUGUCCAGCACCAGAGGGCCCUCAGAAGGAAACGCUGCUAUGUGUGCAGUGAAUGUGGGAAAUCGUUUAGCACGAGCUACAGCCUCAGUGAUCAUUCAAGAAUUCACACUUCGGAGAAGCCUUAUACAUGUGGGGAAUGUGGGAAGGCCUACAGGCAAAGCUCUAGCCUCAUUACGCACCGGAGAGCUCACACUGGAGUGAGACCACACCGAUGUGAUGAGUGCGGAAAGCUGUUCAGCAGGAAGUAUGAUCUGUUUAUACAUCGGAGAGUUCACACUGGGGAAAGGCCUUAUCAGUGUGGUGAGUGUGGGAAAGCCUUUAGCCAUAGCUCCAGCCUUGUUACACACCAGAGAGUUCACACCGGAACAAGGCCUUAUGAGUGCAGUGAAUGUGGAAAAUCAUUUAGCCACAGCUCCAGCCUCAUUACACACCAGAGAGUUCACACUGGAACAAGGCCUUAUGAGUGUGGUGAGUGUGGGAAAUCCUUUAGCCAGAACUGUCACCUUAUAAAACACCAGAGACUUCACACUGGAAAAGGGCCUUAUGAGUGUGGGGAUUGUGGGAAAUUCUUUGUCUAUAGCUCUCGUCUCUUCCAACACCAGCGAGUUCACACUGGAAUAACAUCUCAUGAGUGUGUUGAAUGUGGAAAAUUAUUCAGCAGGAAGUUUGACCUUGUUGUCCAUCAGAGAGUUCACACCGGAGAAAAGCCUUAUGAGUGUAGUGAAUGUGGGAAGUCUUUCAGCUGCAAGUCCUAUCUCAUCACACACUGGAAAAUUCACACUGGUGUGAGGCCUUAUGAGUGUGGGGAGUGUGGGAAGUCCUUUACUCACAUUUCCACGCUCCUCCAACACCAGAGAGUGCACACUGGAGAAAGGCCUUACGAGUGCAGUGAGUGUGGGAAAGCCUUCAGCCAGAGCUCCAGUCUCAUUCGGCAUGGGAGAAGUCACACAGGAGAAAGGCCUUACAAGUGCAGUGAGUGUGGGAAGGCCUUCAGUCACCACUCUAGUCUCAUAAAACACCGACGCGUUCACUCUGGAGAAAGGCCUUUUGAGUGCGGCGAAUGUGGGAAGUGCUUCAGCCAGAGCUCCAACCUCAGUGACCACCGGAGAGUCCACAGUGGUGAGAGACCGUAUGAGUGCAGUGAAUGUGGGAAGUCCUUUACCUUCAGCUCCAACCUCCUGAAACACCAGAGUGUCCACAAGGGCUAGACACCUCUGAAAACACAGGUAGGCUGCUAGGGACUGAACUGUGUCCCUGUAAAAUCCCUGUGUUUAAUCCCUGAUCCUCUACUUGGUUGUAUGUGUAGAUAAGGCCUUUAUGGAGGUAAUUAAGGUUAAAUGAGGUAUAAGGACGGGGACCCUAAUCCAAUAUGAUUGGUGUCCUAAGGAGAGAAAGAGACAGCAGACGGUGCUCUAUAUGUGCACAGAGGAGAGGCCAUGUGACCACGUAGCAAUAAUAUAUGUGCAAGCCAGGCGGUGAGCCCUCACCAAAAGCUGACCAUACUUGUGUCCUGGCUUUGGAAUUUUACCAUCCAGAACUGUGAUAAAAUAAAUUUUCUUGUUUAAGCCUCCCAGUCUAUGAUAUUUUGUUAUGGCAGCCUGAGCUAAUAGUUAUUUUGGUUUAGGAGUGAGUAAAAAUGGACAGUGGCUGCAUCACAAUCACUUUUGAGGUACCCUAGAAAGACAGAGAAGAACAUUUUCUCAGUGUGUGGAACCAGGAGCUGACCAUCCAUUUUGUAUGGAAGAAUAAGUAUCUCACUGAGACUACAUGUGUCAGUUUCAUAUUAGCCAAUUUUCCAGUGUACUCUGAGUUUAGCUGACUACACUCAGUCGUUUAUCAGAAUGUCUUCUCUCCCAUUGAGACACAUCUGUUGGAAUUCUCAGAAAUUUUCCAGGUAUUCUUAAUGGAUAACUCCAUUCAUUAAUCAAUGAUGGUAUAAUUAAUAAUGGUAUAAUUUGCUCUCUGCACAACUGUUUUCCAGAGAUAAUUUUCAGGUCCUUUGCAGACACUGCUGCUGUCCGUAUGGUGAAACUACAGUCAGUUCCUAUCAAGGAGGUGAGGCUGUGGAUUCCAAACCUUUAUCCCAGGACUCAGAUGCCCACAUUCUGCCUGUGCCUGAAUUUUGUCACCACAAUCACUGCUCUGGUAGCAAAUAUGAAUUUGCUAAGUAAUCAUUAUUUUUAGAUAAUAAAGUGUCACAUUCUUAGAAGGAAUAGAGUAUAACCUAGGAUAUUCAGUAAUAUGUGGAAAAAUAGUUCUAGAUAUUGAGAGAGAGGCCAAGAAUACUCUAAGGGACCUAGAGGUAUGAUGCCAACUCACCUCCUUGCUUUAGGACUGCGAAAAAUCUCCUCCGUGUGUUUUCUUAGAUCUGUCUGGAUUAGUCUCCUUGUUAUUGACCAAAGGCACCGAAGCUCAGCGUCUGUUCUAACUUCCUCCCAAAUGGAGCAGGAGUACAGCCGGCUACAGCUUUAGAGUGGACACUGAGCAUCCUGGCAAUUGUUGGUAUAUGCGCUUGUUUGAUUACCUGUGAUCACGAUUUUCAAAUGUGUUCAGAGUAUCAGGCAUAGUUUAUUAACAUGUCUCUGAUGGAAGCAGGAAUUAAAACUACCUGUCUGAUUUAGACAAAGGAAAGACACCUUAGAAAAUUCAGUAGAGAUUCUUUGAUACAAAAAGGAAAAUACUUAAGAAUAUAAAGGAAUUAUAAGCCCUCAAUGUUACUCUGUAUACAAUCAUAUUUUGUAUGUUCAUAGUAUCUUAAGUCUCAUUAACAUUUUAUCUGCUUCUCUUUGGAAAGAUCUCAGGUAGUUCUGGAUCAGUAACAGAUUUCUGCUGUGACAUCUGUAAGUCAGAAAUGGCUUGUUCUAACAAACUGUAUUAUGACCACACAUGCUGAUGAAUAUUGCCUUGUCCUGUUUGUAAGAUACAAGAUGUUCACUUAUUUAUUUGAAAGGCAGAGUUACAGAGGCAGAGGGACAGAGAGAUUGUCCAUCACUCCCCAAAUGGGCCAGGUAGAAGCCAGGAGCCAGGAGCCAAGAGCUUCAUCUGGGUCCCACAUGGCUUGCAGGGUGCCAAGUACCUGGGACAUCUUCUGUUACUUUCCCAAGCACAUUGCCAGGGCACUGGCAGUAUUGCAGCUUAACCUACUGCAUCAAAAUGCUGCCUGCCCCCUCCCACCUUUUUAAUAGGUAGUUUUAAAAAAAGAUUUAUAUAGGGGCUAACAUUGUGAUGUAGUGGGCUAAGCCUUUGCCUGUGGCAUUGGCAUCCUAUAUGAGCUCUGGUUCACGUCUCAGCUGCUCCUCUUCUGAUCCAGCUCUCUUCUAUGGCCUGGGAAAGCAGCAGAAGAUGGCCCAAGUGCUUGGGCCCCUGCCACUCCCGUGGGAGAUGUGGAAGAAGCUCCUGACUCCUGGCUUCAGAUUGGUGCAGCUCUGGCCAUUGUGGCCAUUUAGUGAGUGAACCAGUGGGUGGAGGACCUUUCUCUUUGUCUCUCCCUCUUUCUGUCUGUAAUCUGUCUCUCAAAUACAUAAAUAAUGAUUUUU